GGUAUCAAUAUUUACUAAACAACAACAAAAUAGUGACUUUGUCAAAACAUCACAUCUCAUAAACCAUAUCACAUCAACGAUAGAGAUUAUGGAAAAUCCUCACGAGCACCAGCAAAACUUGCUUCUCUCACGAAUCAUCACCAACGUGGAGAAACUCAAUGAAGCCAUCAUGCUUCUGAACAAGAAUCUCCAGGAGAUCAAUAACGCAAACACAAAUGUCGUUCUGGUUGCAGAUAUGUUCAAGAACUAUCAAUCCAACGUUCUCUUCCAUCUAGAAGCUACCGACAGUCUCAAGGAGCCAUCAUGAUAGGACUGAAGAGAGUCUUUGUGGGAAAGGAGCCGGCGUUUUAUGGCGGAGAUUGAUGUUUAGAAUAAUUUCUGAUUGAUGACUUACAAAGAUAAUUUCCACGACUUUCAAAAAUAUCCUAGAGA